AUGCAGGUUUCCCUCAAGGUGGUCCAUGGAACAGUUGGCACUUUCAAGACGACGAAGGAUGCUGUGUGGGCAUCCCGUGGCAUAACUAUGUCCCACGUCUCCACACGUCGCGCUCCAAACGCGAUGAACUUCCUGCGCCAACUAGAAGUGCUCAAGAAGAGCGGAGAUGGCGGAGACUUCCAGGAUUGGCACAGUGCUACUCAGGUAGCCCGAGCGUUCAACAUCGGCAAGUCGGAGGCGACUGCGAUCUCCAACCUACAAGACAAAAUUAGCCCAAAGUUGGUCGACCUUCUGAAGGAGGCCACCCGGUGCAGAGGAAUGAGGCAGUUUCUGACUCACGAUGUGUUGAGCAAAGACAUGUUCAACACAGGGUACAGCAGCGGCCAGAGUGGUGCAUUGAUUGCGUGGUGCGUGGAUCUGUCAAACAACCGGGAUGAUGUCUUGGGCAGUUUGUUCAUCGAGCGGCUUAAAGCUGAUUGGGACCGACUGCCCCUGGGCUUGAAAAAGCCGUGGAACUUCAAGGAGGCUUUGUCAGUGCAUUCAGCAUGCGGAGGCUUCUUGGCCAUUAUGAAUGCGCUGAAGGCGGCUGUUCCUCAGAUGGACUACGAGACACAUCAAGGACAGAUCCAUGACCAGUUCCAUCUGGGCUAUUUGGACCCUGACAUCAACUUCUUCUUAGAGACGACAGUCCCACCUGUAAACCUGGCUGAAGUCAACUUCGUGAGGAACAUUGUGUCUGCUGUUGCUGUUCGCACCCAGCGAGCGAACGAAGAAAUGGCCCGCGCGCACGAAGAGAAGGUUGCCAAAGCGACAGUGGAUCAGAUUGCGUUCAAGUUCGAGGCGGACCUGAAGAUCUUGAAAGAUCAUACUCCAGCCGCUGAGUCGGCCGCUAAGGAGGCAGCCUUGGAUGCAAAAUACUUGGCUCAGUAUGUCUUGGCAUUGGUAGACACCUGCGUUUGGCCGAGCAACUCAGCUUAUUUGCACGCUUGCCUCACGGCUUUCAAUUCUUUGCUGGCAUCAUCGCCAAAGUACGCAGGACAUUUGCAGAUUCCUGUGCUCCAAGCGCAGACUCACCAAGCCGCGGUCGUCAAGCAUCGAAGAACUCUGGAAGACUCUUUGGUUGCGAACGGCCUUGACAUCAUGCGGCCAGUGUCUUUGAUCUUUGACAAGGGAAGCCUACCUGCUGGAGACAAACGCGAUCCGUGGCACCCGUGCUUGCUGGUGACAGCUACAGCCCACGAGAACAACGCAUGGUUUGACAGUGCGGUAGCGCAGAACCGGUGCAUAGGACCCUGCCCGUUGAUCCGGGUAGCAGAUAUGCUGGGCUUUGACUCAGAGGCACGGUCCUCUGCAUCACAGAGAACUGAGCAGAAAGGUGUUCCUGCGCACGUGGGGGUCAUCGCAGAGUAUGUACGUGGGAUGCCCAUUGCAGAGCAUGACAUUGUGGUCUUGGUAGACCUUUUGCCGAACAGGCAGGCAGAGUUUGCGAGGGCUGCUAUCAAGCGUAUGCUGGAUGGGACCACUCCCCACCCAGAGAUUCGAUAUUGUGGGCAUUUCCGGGCAGACCAGAAGGAUGUUACAAGCCAGUUGGAGGAGGCGGUCUACACACACUGGGAUUCCUCAAACUCAGCUCCUGCCAGGUCUCGCCCAGUUGACCCCAAGCCGGAUCCAACGUUCAGCUUGCUGACGUGGCGCAACAACAGAGCAUCCUUCCCCGAAAGUGUCUUGCGAAAGUUUGCGGAAGGUUCAGACGCUCAUGCGCAGAUGCUGGAGCUCAAGAAGCGGUUGGCUGAAGAGUUCCCAGAUUCAGUCGAGGCAACGCCCACUCAAGCCACCGGCACUGGUAGAACGCCGAGGCGAGCUACUGGAAGGCCUGACUUUUCGAUUGACGGCGGCAAGAGUCCGAUUGACUACGCCAGGGAAGUUGAGAAGGAGCACAUCCCAGCCAGCUCUUUCACUGUGGAGAGGAAAGCGUACUGCGCAGGGAAUCGCACCAAACCAGCGAUCAUCGUGGGAUCCGACUUCUCUUUGUACAUCGGCAACGAAACUACCGAGGAGAUAUCAUUGCCUGCGUCGGAGCUCUGUGGGUUCAAUCUGGGCACAUUCGAAGAGAAGGAGGAGCCGGCCUCUGAAGGAGCAGAGCCCGUUCCAGUGCCAUACAGGUUCAUCAUCAGUCCGGCGCGCAAUGGGAAAGCCAAUGUCUACAAACCCAACGCGUUGACCAAUCCCGAGGCUGCAAGGCAUGGCUCCAUCGGCGCAGCAUGGCUCGGCAAUUUUGACAAGCUCCCCAAGAGUGAUGUUGUGAGCGUUGUCUGGGAGGUUGCUCUGUGUGAACUUAGUUCCAAGCGUCGUUGUUGCUUUUAUUUGUGCAGCGCCUCUUGCUUUCCAUGCGGUGUCAAAGCUAGUGGCCUUUACGUCAUGCAAACCACUUGCUUGUAUUUCCCCAGUUUGUCAUCGUUGCUGACUGCUUCAUCCUUCCCUUAG